CUUAUAAACUACCACGUCUCUCUGCCACUUCCACCACCACCACCAUCGUCAUUCAUCAACGCCUCUACUCACAGUCAGACACAAGCUUUUUCAGAUUUUAAUUUCUACACUUUCCUCUCGAGCCGCGUUGUUCAAUAAUGGGCAUUGAGAACCGUAACGUUGCUCAUAGAGCGUGGAAGGUAUUGCGGCUGGCAUUGCUUUGGGCUCGCAAAGGUGGAGUCUUCAAGCGCAGGCUUGUGACGGAGAUGCGUCUUCUUCCCAAGUACUUGAGACGUCUCACCCACACCACACCGCCCAGCCAUAUUUAUUACUGCGAGCGCGAGCUCUCCUUCGAUAAGACCCCCAUGUUCAAUCGUCCCUCCUCCAUGCGCUUCCACUUGCCUCACAUCCCUUGCAUUAAUCCGCAUGUUGAUUUUGAAUAUGACGGAGACGAUGAUCUCCUUUAUGCUAACGGCGAAGACGGCAAUGAUCAGUUCUGUUACCAAGGAUGUGAAGACAACGCCGACGCCGACGACCAAGGGAUAGAUGCGAGAGCCGAGGAGUUCAUUGCUAAAUUCUACCAGCAGAUGAAGCUCCAAAGACAGAUUUCUUAUCUACAGUACAGUGAAACACCCACCAGACUCAGCUGUUGACGACGUUGCUUCUUUCUUUGCGCAAUUCUUCUGUUUUCUCGGAAAUUUAAGUCUACCCAUUUUGCGGGAGUCUUGUAGAUACCCAGAGCUUUUGAGUAUUUACAUUCUUUUUUUAUUUUUUGCAACGUUUAUAUUCCAUAUCACAGUCAAAUAAAUAUCAACCCUCCAAUUUUGAAUUCUUUUACAAAAGAACGUGCUGUUAGAAU